CAUGCCUUUCCGCCGAACAGCCGCAGCCGCCGUCUACGCCUCCCGAAAUGACCGACGCAUCCUCCGUCCAUUUCCAUGACUCACGGAGUGCGUUCUACCAAUAACCGCGGUCGGAGGCGCAGCUUUUCGAGGUGGGAGGUUCAUCGCAUGGUGCUUUGGAUGAGAGGAAGAGAGGGAUGCUGGAAGGAACCACAAACUCCUCAGGAUUACUCACUGUGGAGACUGAGCAACUGUCUGUAUAGUGCGAUACUCUUCUCAGUUGCAUGUGUUGGACAGACUGGCUGGAUAGCCGUUUGCCAUAUUUUGUGAAAACGGAAUGUAGCGCAUGUCCGAACUGAGAGGCUCGUUUUGUUUUGAAGGACUCGUGCUACUGGAGACAAGUGUCCACAACAACGUUAGCCCACCGUUUUACGUUUGACAGCUUUUUACACGUGAGCCUCGGGACGAGAUAAAAAGCACUCUGCAAACACGUGCUGUGUUUGCCAAAUGAGAUGGAUUUGCAAAGCUGUCAGCUUAAACGCUCUUUUGUGUAAGUGCAAUAUUGAAACAAAAAGAGAUCUAACUGAGUCUAACCCUAAUUAAUUACACGUAGGCUAUGCGUGUUUCGGAACUAUAAACAAGCAGGUGUUACGUAUCUACCAAUUUAAUGGAAUACACGGAAGGACUGUGACCGGUUGAAGGAAAUGACUAUAACGAAGACGAUACUAUAAAACAGCGCGCGGAAGUAAAACAGCUGUGGUAUGCAAAGGUUGGGAUAUGACUCGUGGAAGUCGAAGUGCCAAGUGGUUAAUUCUCCCUGUAUCGGAUGUAUGCGGUGACCGUACACCGUAGGCUAUGAGUUAUUUUCCCUGGAACUUUAACACAUAAUGGCAUAUACAUAGAAGUGUGAUUAUUGAAAAGAAAACCAAACUUAUUGAGAACAGGACAACGCACCAGUGCACGUUAAUGUACGAGGCAUUGGUUGAUUUGUACGCACGACUGUGUUGGAUAAAACUAUUGUGACCGCAUAUGGAAAUGGUCUGCUGCUCUGUUUAAAAGGAAAUUCCUGAAAGCUCUGCAAGUAAACGAAAGCACUUAAUAUGGAACUGAAUAACUGUAAAGUUGUGUCAUGUGUAUUCUCUUCUGGAAAGUGAUUUCCUGCGCUCGGAUGUACCGCAAAGAGCGCAAGUCAAGGUUACAGAAGUAUGAAUUUAAAACAAAUUUCGGUUUCCAGUGAGCCUUUACAACCAGAAUCAAUGACAAGAGAAAAGGGAACAUGCAAACGAAUCAAGAUAUUUCAUUAGGAAUACGUGAUGUCUUAGAAACGAUGGAGUCAAAUGAUGCAAGUAGUUUUGUCGUCUCUACAAACUGUUGCAGUACUCGUUCAAUGGAAUAGGCGUUUGUACCGACGGAAGUUGUUUUGCUGUUAUUCUGUUUCUUUUCAGGUUUAUUUAGUUCCGAAGACGCCAACUGCUGAAAAUGAUAUCUUGAAAUAAACAAAUUGUCGACAAAAAGUAACUGAUAUGUAAAAUGAAUGAUGCUACAUAACAUAAUGUUGAGCAAUAGUAAAGUCGUUUGAGGACAAAUCAUCUUUAUUCGUCCUCCCGAAGGUGCGAGAUCGACAAGUCUCUUGUGAAGCAGCCACUAAAACCACCAGCAUGCAAAAUUUGGGAUGAGAGUCAGCCUCCUGGGUUGAAAGUGGACCCCCCACCUUCUCCUUCUCCUGCCUCUGUUCCCAUCACCAUCAGCCCCCACUGUCCACAUGCAGGCCAAGAAGAGGUACCUGCUUGUGUCUCUAGGAGCCUGUCUUCUUCUGCUUGUCUACCUGUGGGGACUGCAUAUCGGGGAGUUCCACCACCAGAACCAACACGAGCACCUCUACAGGGUUUCCCAGAGCCAAAUCGCGCUGAGACAGGGCUGGCCCGAGUGGACGGACUCGUUUAACACCUACCUGGAUGGCGGCGAACAGGAGGAGGACGAACCGCACCUCCACCAUCAGCACGUCUCCCCCCGGGAGAGGCGGGAGGUGCGGAACAACAUCUACAAGAGCAGGAGGUGCCGGAUGGAGACGUGCUUCGACCUCAGCCUCUGCCAGCGGGGCUUCAAGGUCUACGUCUACCCCCUGCCGAAGGGCGACACGAUCUCCGAGAGCUACCAGAAGAUCCUGGCGGCUAUCGAAGAGUCCCGCUUCCACACCGCCGACCCUGGCGAGGCGUGCCUGUUCGUGCUGAGCAUCGACACGCUGGACCGGGAUCAGCUUUCCAUUCAGUACAUUCACAACGUCAAGACCAAAAUACAAAGCCUUCCUCUGUGGAACGACGGGAGGAACCACCUUAUUUUCAACCUCUACUCAGGCACUUGGCCAGAUUACACAGAGGAUCUGGGCUUUGAUAUCGGGCAGGCGAUCUUGGCCAAAGCCAGCAUCGAUGUGGAUAAUUUCCGGCCUAACUUUGAUGUGUCCAUUCCGUUGUUUUCGAAAGAUCACCCCCAGAAAGGAGGGGACAAGGGUCAUUUGACGCUCAACAAUGUCCCACCGUCUCGGAAAUAUUUACUGGUUUUCAAAGGGAAGAGAUACCUCACCGGUAUCGGUUCUGAAACCAGAAAUGCUUUAUAUCAUGUUCACAAUGGGGAAGAUAUAAUUCUGUUAACCACCUGCAAGCAUGGGAAAGACUGGGAAAAGCAUAAGGACGCAAGAUGUGACAGGGACAAUGAAGAAUACUCAAAGUUCGACUACCAGGAGCUGCUCCACAACUCCAGCUUCUGCCUGGUGCCCCGAGGGCGUCGGCUCGGCUCCUUCCGAUUCCUGGAGGCUCUGCAGGCGGCCUGCAUUCCAGUGUUGCUCAGCAACGGCUGGGAGUUGCCCUUCUCAGAAGUCAUCGACUGGAGCAAGGCGGCCAUUAUUGGGGACGAGAGGCUCCUGCUGCAGAUUCCCUCGAUUACCAGAUCCGUGGACCAUGACAAAAUAUUGGCUCUUCGGCAGCAGACUCAGUUCCUCUGGGAUGCUUAUUUUUCUUCGGUGGCGAAAAUAGUAUUAACUACAUUAGAGAUAAUCCAUGACCGAAUAUAUUCACACAUAUCAAGAAACAAGCUGAUGUGGAAUUUGCUGCCUGGUGGACUCUAUGUUUUGCCGCAGUUCUCCUCCGACCCUGCAGUGUUUCCAUUUUAUUACUCUACGCUGGGUAAAAGCCCGUCGCAGGAGUUCACCGCGGUCAUCCAGGCUGUGACCCCGCUCCAGUACCAGCUGCAGCCCGUCGUCAAGCUGAUCAUCGCCGUUGCCAAAUCCAAGUUCUGUGCGCAGAUAAUAGUGCUGUGGAAUUGCGACAAGCCCUUACCGCCGAAGAGCAAGUGGCCCUCCACCUCAGUGCCUAUCACAGUCAUCGAGGGAGAAAGGAAGACAAUGAGUGGACGCUUUUUCCCCCACGAUGUUAUCCUCACAGAUGCCGUUCUGAGUCUGGAUGAAGACUCCGUAUUGUCAACCAAUGAGGUUGACUUCGCCUUCAUCGUCUGGCACAGUUUCCCGGACCGGAUUGUGGGCUACCCGGCCCGCAGUCACUACUGGGACAGCGGCAAGGCGCGGUGGGGCUACACCUCCAAGUGGACGAACGAGUACUCCAUGGUGCUCACCGGGGCGGCGUUCUACCACAGGUAUUAUCACUACCUGUACACCCACUACCUGCCGGCGAGCCUUCUCAGCAUGGUGGACCGGAUGGCCAACUGCGAGGACAUCCUGAUGAACUUCCUGGUGUCCGCGGUCACCAAGCUCCCGCCCAUCAAAGUCACCCAGAAGAAGCAGUACAAGGAGACCAUGAUGCAACAGGGGUCCAAGACUUCACGCUGGGCCGACCCGGACCACUUCGCCCAGCGGCAGACCUGCAUGAACACAUUCAGCGGCUGGUUCGGCUUCAUGCCCCUCCUGCACUCCCAGAUGAGGCUGGACCCCGUCCUGUUCAAGGACCAGGUGUCCAUCCUGCGGAAGAAGUACAGGGACAUUGAGAAGCUCUAGGGAGCCCCCCACGCACGGGACCCCCCCCCCACCCACCCAGGGGGUGCAAUUGGGAGAUGCGCCGGACCCGUUCGGGGGGGGUGUGGGCCGCUACCGUCCAUAAUUUAUUAUGAAAUAUGCAACACUCGUGCCAUUUUACGGUGGCGGUGGUCGGAAAAAACUUGUGACCAGUCAGAAUCUGCGGUCCAAGCCUGUUGGAUUCUGUUGUCAUAAAUGUUGUUGGUGAUGGUGGUGAUGAUGAUGAUGAUGAUGACAAAUACUGCUACGUUUCACAUCCUCUGACAUCACAAUGAUUGUCACACUCACAACCUCGUCUGAAAGAAGACUAGCUUGAAGGUGGCUCGGCGAAGCUCAGAGCUCCUGACAUUUCCCCAUGUUUCUUGUGGAAAUUUGGAGGGAAACCAGAAAUGGAAUACAGUGGGCCCAUGUGAUCAGGAAAUGGAUCUGUUGCUUUUCAUCCUUUAAUUCCCGGACUUUACAUUUCACCGGUUUGUUUUUCGUUUCUCUACUCUCUUAACAAGCUUUAAAUUGCCAAAAAUACAGUUCUGCUAAAGGAUGUUCAGAUGUAUUGUUUUUCUUUUUUUGUUUGUUCUGUUAUCUCUUUUUUUGGGGGGGGGGUGGGCAGACUAAUGAUUACAUUCCUUUUCCCUGGAUCAAUAUAGCCAUGGUACCGGAGUGGGAUGAAAGAUAAGGAGUGGAGGGAAAAAAAAUCUUUAGGAAGAUUAACUUGCCUGGAGGUGCGUUCAGAUGUUUUCGGAAGAUAUAUGUAGUAUUUGAAAUGUCCAAAUUCAUUUUAAUUUCAGAAGAUUGUUGCACUUUCUUGUGUCCUGCAGAAGAAAAAAAAAAAUUAAUAAAUUAUGCAAAGUUAUACAAACAAUGA